AUGAAUGGAUCCGAGAGACAACAAUCUGCAGAACCUGCUGGUAUGAUGACCAGCAGUGCAGAUCGUAUGGUGGGCAUGGAUCACGCUGAAGUGCGCUAUUUCACGAGCUACGAUCAUCAUGGCAUCCACGAGGAAAUGCUUAAAGAUGAUGUCCGCACUAGAUCCUACCGCGAUGCAAUCUAUCAAAACCGUCACAUCUUCAAAGAUAAGGUCGUCCUCGAUGUUGGGUGUGGAACCGGUAUUCUCAGCAUGUUCGCUGUCAAGGCCGGUGCUAAGCAUGUAAUCGGUGUUGAUAUGUCCUCGAUCAUCGAAAAAGCACGUCAGAUUGUCGCUGUCAAUGGCAUGGCAGACAAGAUCACCCUCCUUCAAGGAAAGAUGGAAGAGGUUGUUCUCCCCUACCCGAAGGUUGACAUCAUCAUUUCGGAAUGGAUGGGCUACUUCCUUCUUUACGAGAGCAUGUUGGAUACCGUCCUCUAUGCGCGAGACCGCUAUCUCGUCCCCGGGGGCAAAAUCUUCCCCGACAAGGCUACCAUGUACUUGGCCGCUAUUGAAGACGGCGAAUACAAGGAUGACAAGAUUGGAUUCUGGGACAAUGUAUACGGGUUCAAUUACAGCCCAAUGAAGGAGAUUGCUCUAACGGAGCCCCUUGUCGACACCGUUGAGAUGAAGGCCAUGGUCACUGAUCCUUGUGCCGUCAUCACUUUCGAUCUCUAUACCGUCACCCCGGCCGACUUGGUGUUCAAGGUUCCCUUUUCUCUUCCUGUCAAACGGAACGACUUUAUCCAUGCCAUCAUUGCCUGGUUUGAUAUUGAAUUUGGUGCCUGCCACAAGCCAAUCUUGUUCUCCACAGGCCCCCACGCCAAGUACACGCAUUGGAAGCAAACCGUCUUUUACUUGCGUGACGUUCUGACCGUCGAGGAAGAGGAAACCGUGUCUGGAGUCUUGGAAAACAAGCCCAAUGAUAAGAACAAGCGUGACCUUGAUAUCUCUAUUUCAUACAAAUUCGAGACUACGGAUCAACUGCGCUAUUCGGAGGGUAGCUGUUUCUAUAAAAUGUGA